UCGAGAAACCUGCCAUGGAUAGUACUAUGCAUUAGAGGAGUGACAUGACUAUUUAGGAGAGUGAACUAAAAACAACGUGCUAAAUAAUUUCUAACACAGUGCAUCAGGUUCGCAUAUGGCAACUGGUCCACAAAUUAGUGCGUAAUUAGAAUCAGCUACAUGGAAUUCACAUCCCUUGGCAAAAAGUUCACACCUCCCACAUGUAUGGCGCUCCUCCCCCAGCUAUACGUUUUUGCUUAAAAUGAGGCUGUAGCAAACGACUCUGUCACUGCUGUCACACUAACAGGACAAGAAUGCAGGCUGCCAUGAGGACCGGCAUGCCACAGAGGGUUGUGCUGCUCGUACUCCUCUUUGUCUCUGAUGUCUGCACCAAAAAGCUUCUCCAAGGCUCCAGCAAUGACGAUCAUGCUGAUGGCAAGGAUGGGGCGUCCUGGUUGGAGAGUUUCCCGAGGGCACGGUGCAUGUCCCGCUGCUUGAGUUUGCACAAUGCGCCAACACUGCAGAACAAUGGAUCACUAUCUUGGUGUCAUAGUCAUAGAGUGUGUGCAAAGUGCCUGGAGCCCUGUAGAGAUUACUGGUCCAAUGAAAGGAAGAGCAACUGUAAAGAGUUCUGUGAGAAAUUGUUUCCUCUGAACCACUGGGAAUGUGUGGCGAGCUGUGAGUUCCUUCAAACACUGUUGGAAGUGAAACAAGGUGGUUGCCCGCCUCCAAACCAAGCCAGUGGCUUUGCAGCCGCCUGUGUACACAGCUGUGAUCACGACACAGAAUGUCCAGCUCAGAAGAAAUGCUGCUCCAAUGACUGCGGUCACACAUGCCAGUCUCCACAAAACCUUUACAAGGGGGUUCCUUUAAAACCGAGGAACGAGCUGGACUUUGAGGAGGUGCCCCCUGGUCAUCUGGAGGUGUACUGGUUCUCCAAGUUCAAUAUCGCCGCUGAGCCUGUGGUCUACAUCCUGCAGACAAGAUGGAACUUUGGCAUUCAACCCAGUGAUGAUGCUGCCAUUUCCUGGCAUGUGGUUGCACAGACCACAGAACAGAGAGCCCGAUUGUACGACAUCCGACCGGGCCGCUGGUACCAGUUCAGAGUCGCAGCUGUCAAUACUCACGGAACCAGAGGUUUCACCACUCCGAGUCGACACAUUCAAUCCAGCAGAGACCCCCGUCGCCCUCCCGCACCAACUGAGCUGAGAGCGACCAACGUAACGUUUGCCACGGGCCAGGCGGUGUGGGUCCAACUACAGUGGCACAUGCUUGAAGACCUCGAUGUUCCUGUUCACCACUACAAGGUUAGCUGGACUUGGACUGCUAUUGGUCAACCCAUCGCUUACUCUUUGACCAAGAGGAGGAAGCUAGUAAGAGAGAUGCAGGUGGUGCUAGAUGGCAUCCGGUCCGGUCGGACGUAUAGUGCGGAAGUCCAGGCUGUGUCCUACUGGAAACAAAGCCAGCUGAAAGGACCCCGGGCCAUUGUACACUUCAGCACACAUCUUAACACCAGUGCAACACCAAUAUCCUCUGCGGCUGACAUCCUGCAUGUGGGGACACCCUUCUAUCAAAAUGGACAGCUACAGGUUCACAUUUACUGGCAGAGCAGCACAGACCCUUCAGUUGAGUACUACAAAAUCCAGUGGGAACCAGAGUAUUGCGAGCACAAGCAAAACACACUCAGAGAGAAGACCAGUACAAAGGAGACCUUCACCAGCCUGCAGGGUUUGCUCUUCUCCUGUAAGUACAAAGUCCUACUACAGCCUGUCAGCAGGACCAGUAGACCGCCGGCCAAGAGCAUCUGCUUCAUUACGCCUUCCUGUUCUACCAUACAAGCCAAGAGUCCAAAACCCAUAGACUGUAAUGGAGAAACACGGAUUCUUCAGAAGGUUCUGAUCAAGCCAACCAACCUGACAGUUUCCUUCAAGGUACGUGGUGGUGACCUGACUGCUAUCUUUAACUGGGAUGUGUCUACUGGCCUAUCUCAGGGUCACCUAACUGGCUACCAGGUGACCCUGGUAGAGGUCACGUCAACCAGGCGACUCAGCAAGGAGGACGUCUCCCAAUCCCAGAUCUUAACCGCGGACAGCAACAUUCUGGCACUUCCUGACCUACACCCUGCCAGUGUCUACAGGUUGGAGGUCCGAGCCAUCACUGCAAACGGUGAAGGUCCAGCCAUCAGCAGAAUCUUCCAGACUCCAGGAUUCCAACAAGAGUUAAAGCAUAGAAAAAGUAUUGCUAAACAAGCAAGAUGAGGAACAUUAGUAUGAUUAGCCAGUUGCUCAGAGGCACUGGCCUGACAGCCAAUUGGAAUGCACAACCUUGUCUCCCUAAGUUCAAGGUUCUUUGUUUGCUAACAAAGCAAAUAAACAAGAGGAAAACAACUCCAAAUGCAGAAAUGCAACAAUUACCCAAAUAACUUCUUCCUUCAACUGUUUCAAGUUUGAAAGUUUAUUUAUUUUCCUGCCGUAUCAUGUUGUCAACACUGCAUGCAAACUCCCAAUUCUUGUUGACCUUCAUUGUCAUUGAACGUCACCUUAAGAGUGUAUUGACAAAUAAAUGGUAAAAUGGUGAAAUGAUGAUGUUCACAAUAGUUCUAGGGAGUGUAAAUUAUGUAUAUAAUGUCUGAAUUAGAUGUGCUAUACUGUAUAUUCUGUAUAUAUAUAGUCUAGUUGUGUGUACUAGACCUGUGGAGAGCUAUUGAACAAAGAUUCAAUAUAUAAAUCCUAUGCCACGUGUAGCGCAUGCUUUUUAGGAUUUGCCCUUUUUUUUUCUUAUUUUGCCUUAAUGAUUGUUAUGCCCGCGUCCUUUGAGCACACCAACUCAAUGCUCAGAAAGGAUUGCAACAUGUUUCAUUGGCUUGCAUGUGCACACUGUGCACCACACAACUUUUGGGCACCAUUGAUUCUCUUGCAUCAGCCUGUUCUACUGUAGGAGGCGGAAAAUGCAUUGUGUCAGUGGCCCUUCAAAGUCACUUAGAAGUUAGUCUUCAUCCACAGGAAUCAAACGGAACACCUUUCCCCCCUCCAGCUCCUUCAAUUGAUAGAGAUAAGGUGCAUGCAUUUUCAUGAUUAAAACCUGCCACAAGCUAGUUAUCAUUUGGA